AUGCCACGCGGCCUCUUGACGGGGGCGGGGUGGCUCGCCAUUCUGCUCGUCUUUUUCUUUUACUAUGUGAUCGUGUGGACCCCCUUGUUCUCGCGCUCGGGCUCGGACAAGGUGAGCAUUGACGGUGACGACGCGCCCAUUGACGCCAUCGUCUUUAUUUGCAUGGGGGCUUGGACGCACACCCCCAUUCUGGAGCACGGCGUGGGCUCGCUACGCGCCAACGGUCGAUGGGCCGGGGAGGUUUACAUCCUGACAGACCGUGAUGAUGGAUGGCCUGUGAUGCGUGAUGAGUACAAAGCCACCGUGGUGACGGUUCCGGCCAAGGAAUCCAAGCUGGGCAUCCAUUCGUACAAGUGUACCAUGUUUGAUUACUUGCCAAGUCACGUGCACCGCGUCAUGUACAUGGAUGCCGACAUUAUCGUGAGCACAAGCCUAACUAGCUUUAUGACCUGGCUUGGCCAUGCCUUGGAGGCCGACCGCGGGCGCAACCUUGGUCUUUUUGGCGAUAGCAGCGGUCACUUUUGGGGCACCUGCAUCGAUUGUGACCGCUGGCACGGGGGCGUGAUGGUAGCCACCCGAGGCGCUUCAGACCCAUGCCUGCAGGCUUGGUGCAAGGAAAUCUUCAGUGGCAAGUACACGGCCGAUCAGGCGGCUCUCGAUUACAUCUCCGAGAAUGAACCUGUCUGCUCGGGCAUGUUCAUGAUGAACCCCCAGUAUCUCAUGUUUAUGAAAGACUACACGGCCGUCUUCCUCAAGCCCGCCAAAACCUUCUCGCACGUUACGGCUGCAGGCCGCUUGGAGGAUCAGAGCUGGUUCUACAGAUGCGUCGUGCGUCUCAAACUAGGUUUGCGCAUGUAG